AUGUGUGCCGUCCUUGUUGCCAUCACUACUGAUUCCUCCACCACUACACCUGCAGUCGAGCUACUCCCAAACCCUACGCUGAAAAAUAUAAGCGAAGCAAGCUCAGUCCAUGUCCUUGCGUUCUCAUCAAAAGGAGAUCUGUUGCUUGUGGAAAGCGAAGGCGAAUUUGUGGUGGAUGAAUGGGAGAGAGUCUAUGAGGUAGCAAGGGAGGCUUGUCUAGGGGACAGAAGGCUAGGGAAAGAAGAUGGUGGCGAUGAGCGAAGUCGCGAUGUGGAGAUGGAGGAGGAUGGGGACAAAGAAGGUUUACUUUGGAAGAUGCAGAGGGUUGUAGGAGAGAAAGUGGAGUCGGAGCAGAGAUGGAAGAAAGACCUAGGACAACCAUGGCGCAAGAAAGACGGGCCAUUGCAAAUCCUUAGUUGA